AUGGCUAAGAAGGCCAAGAAACUACGGCGGAUUGUAAAGGCUGCGAGGCAGGCUGCAAGGAAGGCAUACAUCCAUCCCAGACGGAAAUCACUCGACCAAGAUGAGGCGCUGCACACGAACAGCAGCAACGAAUCCACGAGCGACGAACUCAGCAACAGAAACAUCCCCACUCUCGGCGACCGCUUUCACUCCCUCGCCGGGGAGCUUCGCGCCGAGAUAUUCGCCUGGCUGCUGGUCCGUCCCGUGAAGUGGGAUGUCGAGCACAAGCCCUUAUGCGAGAAACGAAAAUGCCCCAACCCCUACUUCAACAUCGACCCCUGGGCAUGGCAUGAGGAAGGCGUUGUCUGCGCCACCACCUCUACCACAGAUGAAUGGCGCUGCAGGCCCGACGGCCAAGGCAGUGUAGCCGACGUGCAUCCGUGGCGAAGCCAGUGGGCCUCGGAACCGCGCAAUCCAUACAUCUGCGAUCGAUGCUACGACGACAGGCAUCGCUGCAAGCCAUUCCCCCGGGCAGCCAACUUGCCCUGUCUCUGCGCCAGACGGGAGAACCUGCAGACGCUCCUGGUUUGUCGGAGAUGGUACGAGGAGGCGGGCCACGUGUUCUACACGCGGAACACAUUCGGCUUCACGCGGCCAUACGAGUGCGUCGCGUUCCUGACCAACAUAUCGCCGCGCUGGCGCGGCUUCGUCACCAAGAUUAGCUUCCUGGUGGAGUGCAGGGAUGGCUUCGCCCCGACGACGGCGGACGAGGAGCUGGCCGAGAUGAGGUCUUGUCUCCGCCCCGACAGCGAGCUCGAGGCCAUGUGGGGGCGGCUCUUGGCGCUGCCGGCGCUGAGCGAGCUGGAGCUGGAUUCCAUGUUGCUUACGGGCCUGAAUUGGGCGAGCAUCCUUACAGCCCUCCGCUUCCGAAAUGUUCGGAGAGUCACAUUUGCGCGGGGGAAUCCUGGAAGCAUGAUGGACCCGGAGUCGAAAGCGUACGUUUGGCCAAGGCUGGCGAACAGACGGAUAGUGGACGAUAGCAAGUUUGUCGUCAAUACGGCGAGGCGUUUGAAGGGCUCCCAGAAGUGCUGGGGUCAUGUAAGGUAUGUGGAGCAUGAAACGAACGAACGGCUCGAGAGAGCCGUGCAAGCACAGAGACGGGCCUAUGUGAAGGAGUUUAGAGCUGCCUGGAAUGUUAACAGGUAG